AUGAUACAGAGGCUGGCCUCAGCCCAUUACGUUCACCUGAAGGACACAAGCACUCCAGGGUGGACUCCUGUCUGGUCUCAACCCGAGAACAUAUGCAAGGAUCUUCUUGUCACAGCAGGUCUUGGGGUUUGCGGAUACAACAGUAUAUGCAAUAUCAGAGAAAAUGCUCGUCCCACAUGUAGCUGCCCGGCUGGGUUCACCUUCAUCGAUCCAAAUGACCAUUUUAGCAGCUGUGCACCGAACUUCGCAGUAAGCUGUGAUGAAGCUCAGAGGAACUACACCAGUGAUCUUUUCACGUUUGAGGAGGCUCCAAGCACUGAUUGGCCCACUUCCGACUAUGCCCUUCUCACGCCUUUCACCGAACAACAAUGCAGAAAUUCAUGCUUGAAUGACUGUUUCUGUGCUGUGGCAAUCUUCAAAGAGGGCAAAGAGUGCUGGAAGAAGAAGCUACCGCUCUCCCAUGGGCAAACCGGGUGGUAUCUUUCAUUGAAGGCUCUGAUCAAAGUCCCAAAGCGGAAUUUGCCGCCAGACCGCCCCAUGUUUCCACCUCCAAACGGGAAGGAUAAGAGCAAGAAGGAUAAGCUGUUCCUCACAGGAUCUGUCCUUUUCGGCACUUCAGUGCUCGUUAACAUCCUACUGGUCGGCGUGAUUUGUCUGGGCUUUUACUGGAUUCGCCGCAGCAGAAUCACUGGGAAACUAACCCUGCACCAGAGCGAAGGCUUCACAAAAUUGCAAAGCUUCACUUACAAGGAGCUCGUGGAGGCCACGAAUGGUUUCACGGAAGAGCUUGGGAGAGGCCAUUUUGGGAUAGUCUACAGGGGAAUGAUAUCAAAUUCACCAGUUGCUGUAAAGAAGUUAAUAAACAAUCUUAUGCAGGAAUCAGAGAAGGAGUUCCGAACUGAAGUGAAUGUGAUCGGGCAGACCCACCACAAGAACCUCGUUCGGCUCCUUGGAUACUGCGACGAGGGGCACGAGAGACUGCUCGUGUAUGAGUUCCUGAGUAACGGGUCUUUGUCCAGCCUCUUGUUUGGGAACCCGAGACCUACAUGGGCCCACAGGUGUCAGAUAGCACUCGGGAUCGCAAGAGGGCUAUUGUACCUGCACGAGGAGUGCAGCACCCAGAUCAUCCAUUGCGACAUAAAACCGCAGAACAUACUGCUCGAUGAUCAGUUUGCUGCCAAGAUCUCUGACUUUGGCCUUGCGAAGCUCCUGCAGAUGGGGCAGAGCCUGACCCAUACAGGCAUUCGGGGAACCAAAGGCUACGUUGCGCCCGAGUGGUUCAGGUACCUCCCCGUGACGGUCAAGGUGGACGUGUACAGUUUCGGAGUGUUGCUGCUCGAGAUCGUGUGCUGCAAGAAGAACAUAGAGACAGAGAUUAUCAAUGAAGAAGCAGGGGAGAGGAUGCUAUUGAGCGACUGGGCAUACGACUGUUACGUGGAUGGGGUAAUGGAGGCCUUGGUGGAAGGGGACAUGGAGGCACUGAGUGAUGAAGGGGGUAAGAAGCUCAAGAGGAUGGUAAUGGUUGGCAUUUGGUGCAUACAGGAAGACCCAAGCCUUAGGCCUUCCAUGAGAAAGGUAACGCAGAUGCUGGAGGGAGCUAUCGAAGUGCCUGUUCCUCCUUGUCCUUUCCCGUUCAUGAGAAUGUAGCGACUUCGUUCCAGCCUGUUGCAUGUUAGGUUUACUGUUGAUCUUGUAAAAGAUCAUGUAAUAAUUGUUCCAAAUACAGCAGAUUGAUUUACUCACGGUAGAUGCGUAAGUUUAGCAUUAGCGUACGCUAGAUAGGAUCUGCUGGACCAUAAUGUCGAGUAACGCAAGAAUAAGUGUGUGGUGUACUUGAAACUCAUCCUUUCAAAAGGUAGAAAUCGUAAUCCUGGCUAUGUUAUAUACAAA